UCUUCUCAGAAGCCCGAGUUCCACUAGGGUUUUAUUUGCCCCUUCUAAGAUUCAAGUCCAGAGUAGCCUCGUGCGUGAAAGCUACAUGCUUGUUCUGAGAUGAAGCCAGAGCUUGCGGGUACUUAAGACCUGAGUAAUCGCUUGUUUUUGCCGAACUGGGAGGAGGAAGAAGACGAAGAGGAUAUGAAGUUGGUGGUCGGGAGCCCGGGCACAGUAGGUGGAUUGCUUCUCAGGACGGGGCAGUGCCUAUUUUCUAGUGCUGCGAUCGCUGUAAUGGUAUCAGCGUCAGGCUUUUCCAACUACACAGCCUUCUGCUACUUGAUUGCUUCCAUGGGACUACAAGCGCUGUGGAGCCUCGGACUUGGCUGCCUAGAUUGUUAUGCUUUAAGGAUGAAAAGAGAUCUUAACAACCCUGUUUUAGUCAGCUUGUUUGUGGUUGGGGACUGGGUAACUGCAACUUUAUCACUUGCAGCAGCAUGUUCUUCUGUAGGCGUGACAGUACUUUUUGUAAAUGAUUUAGAGUUUUGCCGCUUGUAUCCGCAGCUUCCAUGCUACAAAUAUGAGAUUUCCAUAAUAUUUGCGUUCAUCACUUGGCUAUUAAUUGCCAUGUCUUCCCUCGUCAUGUUCUGCCUGCUAGCCUCAGUUUGACUGCACCUUGUAACUGUACCAUUUGUUUAUUUGUUUUUUGCAAUGAUCAAAGCUACAUUUAUCAUUGAUUAAAUUUCAAUGUUUGAGUGCGCUUUUCACUUUAUCAUUUAUGUACUUUAUUCAUGUAUCGAUCAAAACUGCAAGUAUCA